AUGGCUGACUGGUUGGCACUGGGGCCAUCGCAUGGGGAGUUCGAGCGGGCUGUGGGACAGAUGCAGUGUGGGCGAGCGGCUGGGGAGGACGGGUUUAUGGCUGAAUACCUUAAGUAUGGGGGUCCUGAAGUGCAAGAGGUGGUGUUCCAGGUGGUGAAACGGACAUGGGAGGCAGCGCAGGAAUCGGACGAGGGCUUGGAGGCGGAGAACUGGCCGUCGGCAUGGCGACAGGUAUCGCGACGUAUAGCAGAGGAGGUGGCGAGGACUAACUGCGACGAGGUGGUGCUUAUACGUUUCUUCGACAUACAGAAGGCGUAUCCUCGGGUCCCGGGCUUGGAGUGGGAAUAUAAGGUGGAUGGUCGCCUGACGAAACGUCACAUAGUGCGGGCGCAGGCAGGUACGGAGACUGCUACUGUGGUUUUGGGUGACUUCGGGUACGCGGAUGAUACGGGCAUCGUGGGCACAGCGGAAGAAGUACCUAGGUCCGAGCGACUUUUUGGAGAAGUGUUAAGGGAUUGGGAGGAAACAUUGCAUCCGGAUAAAACAGAGGGUCUGCGCAUUUCUGGGUCGGGGAGACAGGCGACGGAUGUGCGGUUUUUGGGUGAGGGGUCGGAGGUUAAGCAUGUGGGUGGCUGGGUGGCUGAAAACGGGAGGCCGUGGGAGGAAACUAAGCGGCGCAGGGCGGUUGUCGCGCAGAAGAUCGCGGUCACAGCAAAGAGCUGGAACUUCGGUGGUUCAAGCGAGCGUCGGCGGCAGUGUAAUGCCGAAGCAGAUGCUAUUUGGUUGGUGGAAGGGCAAGAGCAUCAAGUACAAUACGUGGAGCGCGCAAAGUCGUUGGUUGGAGCGUGGCGGCCUGGGGACAGGCUGCCUGAUAACGCGCCGGAACGGGAAGUGGCCGAGGAGGACAGGGUGCAGGAGCCUAAUGCGGAUAUAGGAGACGAAGGAUCUGGGGAGGAGGAGUUGGUGGACCGGGCAGGGCAGGUGCCGGUGCAGGCGCCGGGGGCAAUGGUCACGCCGGGAGUUCGGCAUUUGUACACGGACGGGUCGGGCGGGCCAGAUAACCGGGCAGGGUGGGCGGUGGUUGUUUUUGAUGCCCCACCCAACAGGCCGGCGGAGGCGGACUACACUUUGUUUGGGCCGGUGGUCUUGGAUGAAUGGGAUCCGGUGUUUUUGGGGGCCGAGGUAGGCACGAACAACACGGGGGAACUCACAGCGAUAGGCGAGGCGUGCGUUUGGUUGUGGGAAAAUAGGGAGGAGCGUACGCAGGAUGGACAAGUGGUGCCGGCAGUCAUACACUACGACUCAGAGUACGCUAGGGAUUUGGCAGUUCGGGCGGCGGCCCCGCGCAGUAACCAGCGCUUGGCGGAGAGCGUGGCAUCAUGGGUGGAGAAAGUUAGGUCGGUGCGACCUCUGGAAUUUCGGCAUGUCAAAGGACAUAGUGGCGACGUGGGCAACGAUGCGGCGGACAAAUUCGCAAAUAGGGGGCUGGCGGAGCGACGUGCGGCGAAGGCGUCAGCUCCUCCACCACCCCCUCCGGUCCCGGCAAUGCGCGAGGAGGAGGCGGCGGAGGGACAAUUAGGCAUUUACGGCGGUGUCGCGGGUCCGAACUGGCGAACCGUACGUGUCGCCGCU